GUCAUCAACAUACCCAACAUUUCACUCCUCCAUACAAUUCAACUGGGGAAAAAUGGCAACUAACACGAAGCCUGAGAUGGCAAAGGAGGAGGUGGCAGUUGAGGUUGAACCUAACACUGGAGUUCCUUUUCCAGUUAAAUUGGAUGAUGGGAAGCUGCAGCUGAAUUGUGUUGGUGUUAGGAGGAAGUCUAUACUUGGCUUGGGAAUCAAGGUUUAUGCCUUUGGGAUCUACGCAGAUAAUGAGAAACUGAAGGAUCUUAUGAAGUCAAAGAUUGGAACAGCUCCUCCAGCACCCACCAAGGAAAUGUAUGAUGUGGUAAUUGAGAGUGAUGUGCCGAUGAUGAUAAGGAUGUCAAUGACGUUUUCAAAUAUUAGUAACACGCCCCUGGUAAAGAGUGGCUUUGCAGAUGAUAUUGCAGGAACCAUAAAGAAACUAAAUGGUGGGAAGAGGAAUGAUGAGCUCUCAAAAAUGGUUAUGGGACCAUUAUCAGAUAACGUCAAACUAAAAGUCGGUUCCCUAAUUGAGAUUUAUAGGUUAUCAGGAUAUGUUCUCCAAACAAAAGUUAUGGGUGAGCUGGUAAGCAAGGUUGACAGUGAACUUCUCUGCAAGACAAUGAUCUAUUUCUAUCUUGGACAUGAUGACCUUGAUAAAGAAGCAAGGGAGAAAUUUGGGAUGUUUCUGCUUUCUCUCUUCUAGGUCGAUCGCUUGCUGAAGGCAUCUUAUAGAGAUUUAAGGAAUAAGGUUUAAAUAUGCUCCAGAGUAGCUCAAUAAUAUAAGAAUAUAAUAAGAAUAUAACAGCUUUGCGCUU